AAGAAUGGCCACCAUCAGCUUGCUUGUCUGCACUCCGAUCAAAACAAAAAAAACUUCAGUGACACAAAUAGCUACUCACCUAUUCAAAUAAAAUCCCCAUUCGAAAUAUAGUCAUCCGCGCCCUUUCGGACCACUUACACUUAGGGUUUUAAGUAUAUUCACAGUGAGGGUUAGCAGGAUAUAUAAACUGUGUAUGCUGGUUGCAUACAGUUGGUAAUUUGCGCGGAGACUAAAUAGCUUCGAAUCUCGCAACAACGACUAUCUGUAAUAUAGAUGGUGCGUUUUUUUGGUUUGCAGUAUAUGCACUGAAGAUUCAGAGUAUAUGCACAGUUGGAAAUUCCACUAACAGGAACGCCUCAGCGUAAGGGAACUAUUUAUAAACAUUAGCUCAUUCCUUUGACGAAUUAUUAGGAACUUUUAAACAAAGCAAGAAAAAAUGGAGGAUUCUCCAACUCUAGGUAAACGAAAGGCCGAAGAAAAUGUCGACGGCAAGAGCAACACAAGUCAUGAAGGGGGCGAUGUUCCCGGUGAGGCUGUGCAAGCCGAUCCAAAACGCCGCAACCUGGUUCGAACUUGCAUUCACGAGGUGGCAAUACCCUCGGGCUAUGUUUCCACAGUUGACGAAACCCUCCAUGGUAGCAUUUCGGAUCCCUCAUACAAGGGUCCCAUGGCGAAAACCUACCCCUUUACACUGGACCCCUUCCAGCAGGUAUCCGUGGCAUGUCUUGAGCGCAACGAGUCGGUGCUGGUUUCCGCCCAUACUUCCGCAGGGAAAACUGCUGUAGCGGAAUAUGCUAUCGCCAUGGCCUUCAGAGACAAGCAGAGAGUAAUUUAUACUUCCCCUUUGAAAGCCCUAAGUAACCAGAAGUACAGGGAGCUCAGUCAAGAGUUCUCGGAUGUUGGGUUAAUGACGGGUGAUGUCAGUUUGUCUCCCAAUGCCACGUGUCUUGUCAUGACGACUGAGAUUCUCAGAGGGAUGUUGUAUAGGGGUUCCGAGCUUCUUAAGGAGGUCGCUUGGGUUAUUUUUGAUGAAAUUCACUACAUGAAAGACAGGGAGCGCGGCGUUGUGUGGGAAGAAAGUAUAAUUUUCUUGCCCCCUGCAAUUAAAAUGGUGUUUCUGUCCGCUACCAUGUCUAACGCCACAGAAUUUGCAGAGUGGAUUUGUAAAUUACACUCUCAGCCUUGUCACGUCGUCUACACUGAUUUCAGGCCAACUCCGCUUCAGCAUUAUGCCUUUCCUAUCGGUGGUUCAGGUCUGUAUCUUGUGGUGGAUGAGAAGGAACAGUUUAGGGAAGAUAAUUUUAUGAAAUUGCAGGAGGUGUUCCCCAAGAAAAUAAUGGAUGAUGGAUUGGCACCAGCAAAGAAUGGUCUCGGUUUGCAUGGCAAUGCCAAAGGUGGGUCAAAGGGUGCAAAGCCUGCGAAAGCUCCUGGGGGAGACAUAUACAGAAUUGUGAAGAUGAUUAUGGAAAAGAAGUUUCAGCCCGUCAUUAUUUUCAGUUUUAGUCGCCGUGAAUGCGAACAGCAUGCUCUCUCUAUAAUGUCUAAGCUUGACUUCAAUUCUGAGGAAGAGAAACAAGAUGUGGAGCAAGUUUUUCAAAAUGCGAUACUAUGCCUUAAUGAGGAAGACAGAAAUCUUCCAGCUGUGGAAUUAAUGCUUCCAAUGCUGAGAAGGGGCAUUGCAGUACAUCAUUCGGGUCUUUUACCAAUUAUUAAAGAGUUGGUUGAGCUUCUUUUUCAGGAAGGUCUUGUAAAAGCUCUUUUUGCUACAGAAACGUUUGCAAUGGGACUGAAUAUGCCUGCAAAGACUGUGGUGUUUACACAGCUUAGAAAAUUUGAUGGUGAUAACCAUCGCUGGAUGGCUUCUGGAGAAUAUAUACAGAUGAGUGGCAGAGCUGGAAGACGAGGAAAAGAUGAACGUGGCAUCUCUAUUAUCAUAGUUGAUGAACAGAUGGAGAUGAAAACGUGCAAGGAAAUGAUCAUGGGAAAACCUGCACCGUUAGUUAGUACGUUCAGAUUAAGUUACUACACGUUGUUAAAUUUGAUGAGUCGAGCUGAGGGCCAGUUUGAUCAAGAAUAUGUGAUAAAAAAUUCUUUCCAUCAGUUUCAACAUGAGAAGGCACUACCUGAAGUUGAAGCAAGGGUCUCCAAGCUAGAGCAGGAAGCAGCCAUACUUGAUGCAUCAGAGGAGGCCGCACUUGCAGAGUACCAUAAAUUAAGGCUUCAUAUAUCUCAGCUAGAGAAGCAAAUGAUGCAUGAAAUAUCCAGGCCUGAGAGGGUUCUUCUGUUUUUGGUACCUGGUAGACUGGUGAAGGUAAGAGACGGUGUCACUGAAUGGGGGUGGGGAGUAAUUGUAAAUACAGUGAAAAAGCCACCGGCAUCUGGUAUAUUACCUUCUACAAUAUUGACUAAUCGAACUAGUAGUUAUUUAGUGGACACUCUUCUACACUGUACUUCUACAAUGACAAGUGAUGGUCCCCGUCCAAAGCCACGUCCUGCUCUUCCUGGUCAGAAAGGUGAAAUGCAUGUGGUGCCUGUUCAACUGCCACUCAUAUGCUCGCUCAGUGCAUUGAGAGUUGCUAUUCCCCAAGAUCUACGGCCACCAGAAGCAAGACAGAGUGUCCUUAUGGCAGUGCAAGAGCUAGAGAAAAGAUUUCCAAAAGGACUCCCAAAGCUUGAUCCUAUUGAGGAUAUGGGUAUUGAUGAUCCUGAUUUUGUAAAGAUUGUAAAGGAAGUUGAAGAGACUGAACAAAAACUGCUUUGUCAUCCAAUGCAUAAGUCUGAACAGGAUGAGAACCAGUAUAAGUCAUUUCAAAGAAAAGCAGAAUUAAAUAAUGAAGCUCAUCAACUUCGUUUGAAGAUGCGUGAAUCUCAGCUUCAUAAAUUUAGGGAAGAAUUAAGAAAUCGCUCAAGAGUACUUAAGCGACUUGGACACAUUGAUGCUGAUGGUGUGGUGCAAUUGAAAGGACGGGCUGCAUGUUUUAUAGACACAGGAGAUGAGCUCCUUGCAACAGAACUGAUGUUCAAUGGCAUAUUCAAUGAGCUAGACCAUCAUCAAGUAGCGUCACUUGCAAGCUGUUUCAUUCCGUGUGACAAAUCAAAUGAUGUUAUACAUCUGAGUAAGGAGCUUGAAAAGCCAUUACAACAACUUCAGGAUAGUGCACGACGGAUUGCAGAGGUGCAGCGCGAGUGCAAGUUAGAUGUAAACCCGGAGGAAUAUGUUGAGUCAAUAAGCCGUCCAUAUCUGAUGGAUAUUAUUUACCAUUGGUCUAAGGGUGCUUCAUUUGCAGAAGUUACCAGUAGGACAGAUGUGUUUGAGGGCAGUAUUAUACGCACAACCAGGAGGUUGGAGGAGUUCCUGAAUCAGCUGAAAGCUGCAGCAAAUGCAAUUGGAGAUGCAGCACUAGAGAAGAAAUUCGAGGCUAGCAGUGGAAGCAUUCGACAUGGCAUUAUUUUUGCCAAUUCAUUGUAUUUGUAGCUGAAAAGAAAGCAAUUAAUUUGUUAUACUCAUUCUUGCGGAAGUUGUUGCAAUUGCUGCAGGUCUCUUUGCAUGACCUGUUGAGGUUUUUUUUUUUGCUGACAUGGACAAACUGUACACUGAUGGUUAACCUGAAGUUGGUAUUAUGGACUACAGUUAUAGGAAUUAAUAAAAUAUACCUUUUUUGACUUGUUCAA